AAAGAACGAGAAGGUCUGGCACACAUGGAUUUGCUGGAUGGAAAGAGGCGGUUACAGACACCUCCCACGCCGCUGGACUGCAGAACGUUCGUUGGUGUUGGUUGAUUAGAGGCGUGCUCUUAUCAGUGUCAAUGAUAAUCUCGUGUCUAUAAAAAGACAUCCAACCACCCCUUUUCUAGAAGUCUUAGGAAAUCUAUCACAUUAAGUUUGUAUUAAUUUCAAUCGAGGAAACUUUAUUAUGUCUCCAUUGAAGGGAAGGGUCAGGCUAAACCUUGCGUGGAUGAUAAUUUUGUGUGUGAGAUUCAGUUGUGAGUCCUCUUCUAUAAAGGAACUUGGACAAGUAAAAUUUCAUAGUAGCAGGAGGAACAUACAGAGCAAAAACUUCGUAAAUUUUUCUUCUGAUCACCACCUCGAGAGAAACUUAAUAUUAACGGGUUCUGAUGACAAAACAGUCUUUCAUAGAGAUGUCUACGCAAACUGUUCUAUCUGUAUUCGGAGAGAGGUUGAGAGGUUUGAACAUCUUGAAGCGAUCAAAACAAAAAUUUUGGAGAAACUUGGUUUAAAGCAGCCUCUAAAUGUUAGUAAGAAGAUUACACUCCCUCAAAUUCCACCUAUUCACGAAAUUCGUAAUGAAAUAGAAUAUAUUAACAGGUCUGAGAGCAAUACUGAUGAAGAACAGGAAUGGGAUGAUGAAACCUUGCCAGAAAAAGUUAUUGCUUUUGCUGAAAUUACUUCUGAAGGAAAGGAUAUUAUCACCGAUUUGGAUUAUUUCCUUUCCUUUAAAUUUUCGGAGAAGCUGAGGAAUGGUUACGUUUCUUCAGCUCACCUGUGGCUGUUCCUUCAUGUCAAUGAAACGAUCACAGGAGAAACCUGGAUUUCCCUUUAUAAAGUCAAAAAAGAGAGUAACAUGGCCACUUACAUAAAGUAUCGUACAAAAAGAAUCCAUACAGUGAAGCCCCGAAGGAGAUGGGUGAAAAUUAAUGUUCGUGGAUUAGUGACAGAGUGGAUUUUUAACCCUGAAUUAAAUCAUGGGGUUAUGGUGUACUGCUUCAAUCACAAAGGAGACAGCAUACCUUACACGCGUCCAAAUCACGAUAUACAUUAUCAGAUGCCUUUCAUUGAAAUAAAGACGAACAGAAGGCUUCUCCAAAGGGCUAGGCGUAGUUUUAGUUUCAACUGUUCACCUGGUUCGAAAGAAACAAGGUGUUGUCGACAUCCGUUGACAGUGGAUUUCGCCGAGAUGAAAUGGGACUUUAUAAUUGUGCCCCUUCGCUACCAAGCGUAUUACUGCGGAGGAGACUGUCCUCCUGCGUUCCUACCUGAACAUUUACACACCGUGUUGGCUCAACAUGCUGCAGUCGACAAAUCGGUGGAACCUCUUUCUCAGUGUUGCUCAGCUAGCAGCUUGUCUCCAAUAACUAUUAUUUACCGGGAUGAAGCCAAGAACAACUACUUACGCGUAUUGGUAGAAGACAUGAUUGUAAAUAGUUGCAGUUGUUCCUAGUGUAACAAGAUCGUUUCAACAGUUAACUAAAUCUCGUGAAAAGAAAAGGAGAAAAUUAAAAUCCUCGAACACAAAGAAAAAAAAAUCAGAGUUAUUUGUAAGUAUGUGCUAGAGUUACAACCGAACAUAUACAGAAUUAUUAAUAUAUCAGUUGCCAAAAAAAGCUUUGAAAAUCGUGCUUUGAUAGAACUGUUUAUGUUAUCAUGCAGACUACCAAACUGCAAGUAAAACUUAUUUUAAAAUUUUGGUAGGUUUAAAAUAAUAUGACAUUGUACAGGAUGUAGAUUAUAGCAAUGAUAUAAAUUCAUUUAUUUACUAUUUUCUAGUUUUGUUUUAAUAAAAAAAGCAUCAUGAUGAUACGUACUUAAUAAUAUACAAGUAAACUUUAAGGGUUUAGUUUAUCUGUGAUAACGUGUAAGGUCCAUAGAGAUCCAGUAGUUGUAAAGUUUGGUCAAGUCUGGGAAGACUUCUUAGUAUAAAUUUAAUUAUUCACAUGAACACAAACAAAUUUUACUAAUCCAAACGUGCUCGUCGAAUAUAACAAUUCCUUUGUCAAGUGUAUGUAAGAUAAAAUUACAUUUCUAUUUUAGAGAGAUAUAAUAAAUUUUUAUUUCAGCAAAAUAAUUUAUUUUUAAAUACAUAUACAAUGAAAAACGAAAUAUGAUGCAGCCUUGAUAUAAAAUAUAAUUGGAGUGAUAAUUAUUUGUUGAGAUAUUGUAUACAACAAACGAUCGGCUUAACCUUUAAUCUUAAAGGUAAAUUGUCAUAUGGAAUAUCUAAAUGCUUUCCUAAAAGUUGUAUAAAAAUGUUUUCCAAAAUAUAAAUCGAAGCCUCUUUGGAACUACUAAUAAUUUCAAUUCUAUGUGUUGCGCACCUAAGGAUUCUGUGAUUUUUUUUACCAGAUGUUAUUGCUGUGUAAGCUUUUUGUGUAUGUCAUAAUUCAGUAAAGACAAAUAGAAAAGAAAGUUUGGGCUAUUCUAGUUAAAAAUGGCAUGCAUAUUUUCUUCUUGUAUAGAACAAUUAAAAAUUCUAGUUAGUGU